AUGUUACCGCUUGCAUUGUCUUCAAUGGAUCUAUGUCCAAAGGAUUCGAAUUUGAUGGUCUUCUUCCCCAGUCUAUACCUCAUCUUCUUCGUUUGGAUUUCUACGGUGGUGGCAGAUUGUCGUAAUAGUGACAAUUCCAAGCUUUUAUGUCUUCAAUUUGAUCUUAAACGUAUCAGUCGAAUCUCAUCUGAAUUGGAAAUGGGGAAAGAAUACACUCGAUUCUCAGCAACGAUGCGACAAUCAGAAGGCAAGGAUAGUGAUGGAAUUUCACAUAAACCCUCAAAGAAGCUAAAAAAGAUGACUUCUGUGAAUAAAUUCGAUCAAUCUAUGAAUAGCAAAAGAGUAAAGCUUCCGAAAAAGUUUUUCGAUGAUUGUUAUACGGUUAAUCACGCACCUAUUCCAAGAAAAUUACGAUCAGCAAUGAAGCAACGUCACUACGACUCUGUUUCUCCUUCUUUUCCAAAUCCAAAAGACGGAAUUCUUAGACUCGAAUUGCCAUUAGAAAAUCAUAAUAAGAAGCUCAAAGUUAAUAAGGAUGAAAGACAACACUCAACAAUUUCAGAGUCGAUUUCAGAACAAAUAACGAAAGAUGAAGAAGAAGCAAUUGCGGGUUUGCUUUUAUUGGCUGGAAAUAAUAAAAGAUUUGAAUUUAAUUUAAAAAAGGAAACUUCAAACUCUGAAGAAGAUUUGGUUGAAAAUGGUUUUGUGAUUGAAGAUUUGAAUAAAUCAACAAACACAGUUGAUGCUAAAAAGGAUUGUAAAGAUUUCAGGGAUGGAAAUGUGUCACGAAAGAUAUGCAGUCGUCAUGUUUAUAUAUGUCGAAUCAUCGAAAGACUGAAAGUUACGGAGGGUAAAACGGUAAAUUCACACGAAGAAUCGGAAACGAAAACAAUCAAAGAAAGUGUCAUGAACGAGGCAACCAAUCAGACAAGUUUUCUUGCUGCUAAAUCCAAUCAGGUAUUGGUGCCUUCAUAUUUUGGUAGCCCGCUUUACGACCGUUCACAAUGGCUGAGACCACCUAAACACCAAUUGUUGAUGAAUCCAUUUAUGGCAGGAUCUUGCUAUCAAAAUUGGCAAAAAAGUGGACAUGAAAGAAUGCCACAACACUUGGGCUCAAAUCACGUACAGCCUUCAUUGGUAAAUGUAAUAGGAUCCAAGGAAAAUGGAGGUUUAUUUCUUGUUGACAGCUCUCCGAUACUAAACUUAAGAUUCAAGGAACAUCUUGGAAGUGAUAGGAAUUGGUUAAAUGACUUAUAGAUCAAUGAUAUAGAGUGUUG